UCCAUACAUAAGUGUCGAUUGUUGAUUGUCGUCGGUUAGCGGUCUGAAACUCGGUUGAUUGAAUUCGAAGCGUCUGUGUGUUAUACUCUCGUAGUACGACGCAGGCGCGUUUUUCUUUUGUUUGUUGAAUGUAAAGUGGCGUAGUGCUGUCCGAAGCGGUUUUUUUUUAUCAAAACAAACACAAAACUCAAUUAGUUGUGCGCGCUAAAAAAAGUAGAAAUAAUAAAAAAAUAUAUAAAACGAAAUUCGUCGAUUGAAGUGAUAAUCCAUAGAAAUAAAACGACAAGCAAAUAAAACCAAUCAGAAAUUACGAAGUUAUGUGCAUGCAAGGAAAUUUCAAUUUUAAUCAUAACUCGAAAAAACACAAAAAAAUUUAAUUGAAAAAAGAAUAAAAAAAAUAUCAAAUCAUCAACAGCGCACACAUGUGCGUCUGUGUGUGCGCGUUCAUAUGCAAACGUGGCAUCAUCACCUUUCACCAACAUCAAACAUUUUUUUGGUUUGUUCACAACGAAAUCAAUUUGCGGCAACAACCGAACCAACAACUGACCAACGUUCGCUUGUUUUCAACUACCAGCCAACCAACCAAAAUAUGUUUGUAUGUAUGUAUGUACGUAUGCAGCUAACGAUUCAGUGAUGCCGGCCAAGCUGCUCACUUAUCAACUAACCGCAGUGAGCAACCCACCAAUUCACCAACUCACCUACAUAUUUACAUACAAGCACACCGAUCAAGUCACACAACUGGUCAGGCGUUAAUCACUUGAUGCUUUGAAUAACAGAAUCUGCUUGGCGUAUUUGCACGGAUUAAUUUGGCUAACACGACCCACAACGUUUGCAAUGGGGUCUUAUUAAACACACAGACCCACUUCGCUGAUACAUUACAUAUCUAUGCAUGUAUGUGUGUACAUACAAGUGCAGUUUAAAUGAGUAUAAAAAAUAAAAUAAUUGAGAAAAAGUGUAUGCGUAUGUGCGUAUUUGUUAUAUUCGCCUCACUGUUGGUGCCUUAGAUGGCCAAGGGGCCAAAGUGUCGAGUGCUUGUGGCGCGUUUGGUGGAUAAAGUUUUAUGUUGGUGUUUCUGGUAGUUGAUCCAAUGCAGCCAGCAGAGUGCCAACGCGUGUGUUGUCUACAAAUUAAAUGUCAAAAUUAAGAAAGAUUGAGAAAUAUAAUAAGUGAACAGAGGAAACAACAACAAAAACAACUACCAAAAUGGUGAACGCUGUAAUGGAUGCAAUUGCGCUUCUCAGUUCGCUGGCUACGGACUUAGAUAUUAUGCUGAAUGACCUAAGAUCAUCGCCUGGGUCAAGACUAUUACCGCCCACACACCAUUUGCAUCAGCGCAGUGCUUCCAACUCCUCAACUGCCUCAUCGCCAUUGACUAUUGGUGGAGGCGGAAAUGGUGGUGGUGGUGGCGGGCAAACAACAACCGGUUAUCUACACAGCGCUUUGCGCAACAAUCACAAUAAUCAAUUUGGACAACAGCAAUCGAGCACACAACAACAGCAACGACCAACGCCACAGUUGCAACAAGAGAAGCGACAACAGCAGCAGCCGUCAAGGCAAACAGCUAAAGCGCAAAUAAUACCAGCCCACACGUUAACGGCAACUUCAGCAACAACAACCAUAACAACCACAACGGCGUCCAUAACGUCAAUACCACAACGUUAUAAUCGCUAUCAAUACCAACAACAAAAGCAAACACAAUCGCAUCGUUGCUGUGCCUCAGCCGCCAAUGCAUGCAAUCAAACGAAAAAUCGCAACGCCACAGCUACAAAAACAACAGCGGGCACCGCAAAAUCUACAACGCCAACCACAAAGACAACAACAACAACAACCAAUAGUUCAACACGCAAUCAGCAACGUCUCAAUCAGCAUGCAGCGCACAGGUUGCACGCGAACCCAACCACAUCCACCAACAUUCACUCCACCACUGCCUCCACCACUUCAACAAUCGCUAGCCGCCAAACGACCACCGGCGGCGGUUGUAGCGGAUGUGAAUUGGUGGCAACAGCCGGAAAUGUUGUGCCAGUUGCUGGUGAUUGCGUUGUUGGUGCGACGCAUUGCAAUGGACUCUCAGCCGAUGUGCGACGCAUAGAGAAAUUGCCAUUGUGGUCGUAUCAGCACAAGCAGUUGCAGCAACCGCAAAAGCUGCACGUUAAAUUACUGCAACAACAGCAACGUGCCACAAAAGCGAUUGCCGUUAUGCAUGCGGCAACAACAACAAAAUCAAAUGCUACAUCUACAACGGUGGUAUCUGGCCACAAAGAAGACGCGGUCAGUAGGACGCACCAUUUGGGUGGCUGCAAUGCGUCAGCAGGAAAUGCUAUUAGUGGUGGCCUGUAUGGUGGCUCAAGUGGUCGUGUUGAAAGUGCAGUUACAACUAGCAGCGUAACAACCCUCACAACAGCGCAUGUGGUUGACUAUACGCGCGGCGAAGGAAAUGGAGCAAGUGCUAGUGGAGGCGAAGCAUCAUUCCGGAUGAACUGGCUGCAACCGUCUACAAUAUUUUAUGGCUACACAAAGGACAUCGACACGCCAAGAUGAAUCUCCAAGGACUUGUGAUGACCACCGCAAGGGACUUCUGGAGAAACGGGCUCCACACAAAGAGCG